AUGCAAGAUACAGUCUUGGCCCGCCCCAUCGCGCUAAACAGACUCACCGUUUUUUCUCCGGCUUUAUCUCUCUUUGUUCUCUCUCCCUAUCUCCUCCUUUUCUGGCAACUGUGUUAUCCAAAAUCCAGAUACCACCAAGCACCCCUGGGUGAAAGGGUAGACACAUCACAUCGCAUCGUUUCGUUUGUGGCUCUUCUGGCAUCUUCUUCUCCGCACUGCCCAGCCCGCACCAACUCCGACGGGGUUUGGCCCGCGGGAUCAACCGCUGAUCCUCCGUCACUUUCUCUUGUUGGGGGCUUUUUUUCCCUUCACCCACUGCCAUUCAGCUGGUCGCGCCCUAUCUCUCUCUUUCGCAAUACCAUCAACAACCUCCCGACCCCCUAUCUCACCCACUGCGAAGCGCCCAUCGCUCGGCGCCGCUCAGCAUGGACUUCUUCCGCCGUCUCCAUCAGAGCUACCCGCCGCGGCCUUCCCCCCCUGAGCAACUCUCAAGAGUCGCGCGAUGAUCGUGAUCGGCCCCGAUCCCACGCUUCCUCUUCCACGGCCGCUGCCCCGGCUGCAACUGCGUCCACAGCCGCCUCUACGGUCGGCGCCAACGAAUCUCGCAAUCGACCAGAUGAUAAGAUUCGGCUAGGCAGCCGAUACGAAUACCCACCCCCGAGCUCGUCGCAUCCGCAUCCACAUCCAUACGGAACCAGUUCACGCGGGUCGCAUCGUCUUCGCCGGGAGACAACCGGCACACAGAUUUCCCCACCGCGGAACCAGGCGCAGCAAUCACAUCGACGCCAUGCCAGUCUGGAAACGAGACAGCAAGGGCACGUGCAUCGGCGGAAUCAUUCCCAGCCUCAGACAGGCCAUAUGAGAGAAGGUAGGUGA